GCAAGCGUCCCUUCGGGGACAUCCGAUAAAAUUGGAACGAUACAGAGAAGAUUAGCAUGGCCCCUGCGCAAGGAUGACACGCACAAAUCGAGAAAUGGUCCAAAUUUUUUUUGACCAUUUUGCCCUGCAAUUUUUUUUGUGAUUUUACCAUAACAUCCUUAAAGAGUUUCUAACUCUCCGAAAUACCACCGGCUCUCAUUCCAUCUGACCUUUUUUUCGUUCGGAACACCGGGGGCCCUGCAACUUCUGGUUGUUGAGGUUAAACAGCCAUCGUGUUGACAAUUGCUAGCCUUUUUUGUGUUUUAUUUUUGGCCAAACCUGCAGAAUUCGAAAGGAGAGCAACCUGAACUCAUGCACUAGAAAUCAUCUAAAAAUAUUACAGAUCCAUGUGCAGGUUGAAUAUGUGAACUUUGAAGCAUAUCACACUAGAUCGUCUUUGAUCGAAAAAGUUAAGUAAGGUCGAGAGAAUCCAUCUACAAACCAUUGCAAAAAGAUGUAGCACUUGGUGAUCGGAGAAUCUGAUGUAAAGUGCAAGGAAAGAGGGGCCGUGAUUUGCGCUGAUUUAAGUACUUUUUUGUGACUCAAAAUUAUAUUAAUUGUUGUAUCCGUUUUGUUUCGAAGUCUACUUGGAAAAAUCAUUCAUGGCCGGUUUGUAUGCUUUUGGUGAAAGCAAUUCAUAUGUUACAUUUUCAGAUUCCUUCGACAGAAGAAGCGAUGAAGAAAGUAUAUAUUAAGGAAAGAAAAAUGUUGUCUUUUUCUCUAAUUGUGCAUCCUUUGCUUGGAUGUUUCUGCAACAUCCUUUUCCUUUUCUUUCAACGGGAUAAAGUGACUGAACCAAGUUCUCUGUUCAACCCUCAGGGCUCAGCUGGAUUUGAAUAAUGGGAUUGAUCAAAUGGGUUGCAGCAACAUUUGAAGCAAUAUCUGUGAAUCCUGUGAUGGCCCAUUUGGUGACAGUCCCAUUUAAUUGGCUCGUUGAAUAUUUGCACCCUACAUCUCUGUCGUUGACUACAGUCGAUGUUUACAGGUUGCAAUUUGAUGCUCAAGUGGGCAUAUCUGUAGGGCAAAACGUCGCUGUGGUAUUGCAAAGUGGGAUUAAAGAUAACAAAAUACUGGUAGCUUGCUAUUGGCGGCAAUGAAUCCGUCAAAGGUAGAAAAAAGGUCUAUAAUCUAUAUUCAAAUUUUAUAGCUAUGUUUCGUCACCGUUUACAUACAGCCAACGAAAAUUCAUGAGAAAUAUGUAUUUGAUAUUAGCUUUAACCUCAAGUCUUGAUUUUUCUUCUUGUUUUUUGUAUGUGAGAAAAAAAAAAUAAUGCGCAUGUUCUCUAGUCUCUAUUGUCUUAAAAUUUGCAGUCGGCAUGUCAUUGUCCUCUCUCUCUCUCUCUCUCGCUUAUAAUUAUACUCGUCCGUGGCUACCCAUGUGCGUGAGUGUGUUGCUGGUGCUGCCCAGCAAUGGAGUUCUGGAGAAUCUCUUUUCUUCUUCUCUGUGCAUUUCAGCUUGUUUCUGCCCAGCAAACAACUGCUCCUGAUGAAGUGGCUGCUCUCAACAAGAUAAUAGACUCCUGGAAAUUGAGAAGCAAAGUGAACCUUUCUAUCGACCCAUGUAGCCAGAAUGCACCAUGGGCUCCCGAGCUUGCGAAUCCCCGUGUGGCUUGUAACUGUGCUGGCAACAGCUGCCACAUCACUCACCUGAAGGUUUAUGCUUUAGACAUUUCUGGUGAAAUACCCAAGGAAGUUUUUCUGCUAAAGGAGCUGAUGGAUUUGAAUCUGGGUCAGAAUGUUCUGAGUGGACCCAUACCGGAUGAAAUUCAACAGUUGCAAAAUAUGCAAUACCUUAGCCUGGGCAUAAACAACCUGACAGGUCGAGUGCCUCCAGAGCUUGGUAAUUUAACCAAGUUGGUUUCUCUAAGUUUUAGCUCAAACAACUUCUUUGGACCGUUACCAAUGGAGCUUGGAAAAUUGACCUCCUUACAGCAGCUGUAUAUUGAUAGCAGUGGAGCGAGUGGACCAAUACCACAAGAACUUGCAAACUUAAAAUCCCUACAAAUUCUCUGGGCAUCUGAUAAUCUCUUUACCGGAAAGCUCCCAGAAUUCUUUGGGACCCUUACAGAACUCAGGGACCUGCGACUUCAAGGUACCUUGCUUGAAGGCCCAAUCCCAAGCAGUUUUGGUGCUCUAACUAAGCUAGAGAAUCUGAGAAUCGGUGAUCUUAGCAAGGAAGCCUCAAAUCUUGAUUUCCUGGAAAAGCAAACAAGUUUGGCCAUACUAUCUUUGCGAAACUGUUUAGUGUCGGGCGAAAUUCCAAAAUGGAUUGGCACAUUUUCUAGGUUGCAACACCUGGACUUAAGCUUCAACAAGUUGAGCGGCCAAAUACCAGAAUCAUUAAAAGAUUUUCCUUUGUUGCAAUAUCUAUUUCUGGGAAACAAUAACUUGAGUGGACAGCUACCUGCGAAUAUCAUAAGUCCAAAUCUCAUCGCCUUAGAUAUCUCCUUCAAUCCCAUCUCUGGCAGUUUACCUCUAAAUUUUUCAAAGAGAGGCUUUUCAAUGAACGUUGUUGGAACAUCCAUCAAUGCAAAUAGUUUACUGGACAGGAAGGCAAUAGGGAUGUUGCAAUGCCUCCAAGGAAAUACCGAAUGCACUAACCAAGUUCCAGCCUCUUCAUUUUCUAUUAAAUGUGGGGGCACUGAACAUAUAUCUUCAACUGGCAUAAAAUAUGAUGAUGAUUCUGAAACCCUUGGAGCUGCUUCAAUGUACACAAGUUCUAAUGAUCAAUGGGUAGUAAGCAACACUGGAUUUUUCAUUUCCAAUCCAAAUGGACCCCAAUAUAUAGCAAAGACUGACUCUCAAAUCACAGAAACUUUAGAUUCCGAACUGUAUAAAACAGCAAGGAUUUCACCAAGCUCACUGAGGUACUAUGGCCUUGGCUUGAAGAAUGGAAAGUACAUUGUUGAGCUUCACUUUGCAGAGAUAACAAUGGACGACACUCAGUCUUGGAAAGGCCUUGGGAGACGCUUAUUUGAUAUUUACAUUCAGGGUGAGAGAGUUCUCCAAGACUUUAACAUUCAAAAGGAAGCUGGUGGAUCCAAAAGAGCGUUGAUCAAAGCAUUCAAGGUGAAUGUAACAAACACAAUAAUGGAUAUCCACUUCUUCUGGGCUGGGAGAGGCACCUGCUGCAUUCCAUUGCAAGGCACAUAUGGACCAUUGGUGUCAGCAGUCAUUGCUUCUCCAGUUAAUGCUGGGUCUUCUUCCAAACCGGACAAGAAGCGUGUAGGAAAAAUUGUUGGAAUAGCACUUGGAUGUGUAGCUGGUUUUGUGAUAAUCUUAUCAAUGUUCUACGUAUGGUUCACCAAAAAGGGUGCGCCAGGACACUUGCGAGUAUACACAGACUCACCAAGGAAGAAAGGAUUACGCUGAUCUCGACCUGUUUAAUGUGUUAAAAAAGCAAUAAUUUGGUGCACUCGAGAAUGUUUUGGUUGCUGUUUAUGCUUUUCAAGGACCAGUUUCCCUUCUACCAUCCUAAAACUUCCUAACAACAGCAAAUGGUUGUGUCAAUGAAGAUGCAUAUAGUUGAUGUAAGGCUUAAAAUAAAUUGGAUAGGAUUGUAGGAAGCACUCCUUGUGAUAUAUAUAUAUAUAUAUAUAUAUGUUUAUGUAAAAGAUAUAUAUGUUUUGAAAACAAUAUUGAAUGGUUUGUGAAA